AUGACUCUGGAGGAGCUGCCUGGGGACCACCGCACGGCCGGGAGGAUGGAGCAGGCGGGGGACGCGCUGGAGGAGGUGCUGAGCAAGGCGCUGAGCCAGCGGAGCCUCACCCUCGGCGUCUACGAGGCCGCCAAACUGCUCAACGUGGACCCGGACAACGUGGUGCUGUGCCUGCUGGCGGCCGAGGAGGAGGAGGCGGAGGACGCGGCCCUGCAGAUCCACUUCACCCUCAUCCAGGCCUUCUGCUGCGAGAACGACAUCGGCAUCCUGCGGGUCAGCAACCCGGCGCGGCUGGCCCAGCUCCUGCUGCCCGCCGCCGGCCCCGAGCCGCCCGCCGACCUCCACUGCGUCCUCGUCACGAACCCCCACGCCUCGCAGUGGAAGGAUCCAGCGCUGAGUCAGCUGAUGUGCUUCUGCCGGGAGAGUCGCUACACGGAUCAGUGGGUGCCGGUGAUCAACCUCCCGGAGCGGUGACCGCGCCGGGGCACGAACGAACUGAACCGAAUUGCACUGAAGUUUUUGCAAUACUUUGGCGGUUGCUCAGGAAGUAACUCCCUGCCCCGGCACGAGGAUUACAGGGGAGGGGGGAGGAAAAAAAAAAACAAACCAAAAAACCACCAAACCCAACAAAAAAAAAACGCUAAAAACUGCUGUCGAGGGGGGGUAGGCUGAAGUUGAACUCCGUGCUGUUGGGGGGGACCGAAGCAAAGUGACUCCGAAGCGAUGGGGACGAGCGCGGAAGCGAAGCGGGAAGAGCAGCGCCGGAGGAAUGAGCCCGGGACGCCGCGGGACUCGCGGAAAACGCCCGUCGCAGGGUUUUUUGUGUGGUUUUUUUUUUUAAAGUGCAACUUAGUUUCUGGUUUAAACACCUUAAAGAGCAAAAAGGUUAAUCCAAACGUUUUCCAAACCAUUUUAUUGUAUUUUUGGGAUGUGAAGUCUCAAGUUUUUAUGCUAAGAUAUAUAAUAAGUUAUUUUAUGAUAUUGAUGAAAAAAUUAUUUAUACUCGGAGGUUUGAGAACCAGAAUGCCCUUAAGCAGUUGGUCCGCAACCACACAGCUUUUCACAGUUGGCUGUUAACAGCAGCGACGUUAAUAUAAUUGUUUGAAAUGGGGUAGUUU